AGCAACUGAAUUAAGAACAACUACAACAACACAAUAAAAUGGCGGGUCCACAAGUACAACGUCCACAAAGCGCCUACUAUACUGGACUAAAUGGUUCAUCGAAUGGCCAUCAAAAUGGUAAUAGAGGUUCAGUGGGUGGUGAAGGUGCUCUAACCACUAGCACUUCACAUCACACUGGCCUGCAUGUCAUACGUACCAUAUCACACGAAAGUGAACUCAUCUAUCGUGGUUCGAAUGGUAAUACUCAUAAUCUUAAUAAUAAUACCUCCGCCACUUCAGUACAGGACACCUGUACGGCCAGUACAAGUCGUUCGAUUAUACAACAGCAACCCACCCUGCUGCAUAAUGCACCAACAAGUGGCGUAAUAGGUGGUGUUGGUAGUGGUGGUGGUGGUCCUAUUGGUAGUUCUAUAAAUUUAGCCACUAUUGCCGGUACAGGUCAAAAUCCUAAUGAUGCAUUAAUUGUUCCUGCAGCCACUCUAACGGUGGCCUCACAACAUCAUACCGAACCUGCAAAUAUUUCAUCGCAUUCCCUUAAAGCUUCCAGUAAAAAUAAACAACGUAGUAUAGAAAUUAUAGUUGAUGCUACUAAAUGUGAUACAAAAGAUGAUGAGGAUGAUAUUGAACAGGGUAAAUCUAGACGUUCGUCGCGUCAUCGCCAUCGACCGUUGCAUAGGCGGUUUCUAACAUAUUUAAAAAGUCUAUUCCAAGGCAGCACAACACAAACUGAUUCCGAACUAGAAGAAUUUGAAACACCGGCACGAUAUCGACCCGAUUCUCUUAGUGCUUUAAGUCGUUCCACCCGCUUUACAGAAGAUGAAAUCAAACGAAUUUAUCGUGGUUUUAAGGCUGAAUGUCCAACUGGUGUCGUUAAGGAGGAGACAUUUAAACUCAUUUAUUCACAGUUUUUUCCACAGGGAGCUAAUCCAACAUUAUAUGCCCACUAUGUAUUCAAUACACUAGACCAGGAUCACACGGGUAUCGUAAGUUUUGAGGAUUUCGUUCAAGGACUUUCGAUAUUGUCGCGUGGUUCGGUGGAAGAGAAAUUACGUUGGACUUUUCAAUUAUACGACAUCAAUGGUGAUGGUUAUAUAACGAGGGAAGAAAUGACUGAUAUUGUGACUGCCAUUUAUGAACUGAUGGGACGUCUGCCCGAUGAAUUACCUGAAGAGGAAAAAAUCAAAGGAAAAGUGGAACAAAUAUUUCAGAAAAUGGAUAUAAAUCGUGAUGGUGUAGUGACGCUGGAAGAAUUUCUAGAGGCUUGUCGCAAUGAUGAUGCCAUUUCGAGAUCAAUGUCAGUAUUUGAUUCUGCAUUCUGACCAUAUCCAUUGGAAUGUGAAAUAAAGAAAUCAACAAUAUCAUCAUCAUCAGCAGCAGCAACACCAACCCCAACGGCGACAACUAAGAAGGCUAAACGUUUAGAUAGUGGACAGCGUACAAAAGGACAUGCCGGACGAACGGAAGAUGGUAAACAUAGCAAACAAAUGAAGGUAAUACGUGAACAACGAAAGCAUGACAAACAACUGAAAUUACGUGAAAAGUAUGAAGGUGAUGGCGGCACAGAUGUCGACGAGAUUCUAUCGGUAACAACAACUGUAAAUAAUGAAGACAGCGAUAGUGAGGUGAGCGAGACAGAUUCCUAUUGUCGCCACUGUUUGAGGCCACAAUCUGAGUUGCAACUUAGAUAUAUGAGACCACGACAGCGUAGUAAAUUACGCCAGCAACAGCAUGCCAAACGUGAGCGCAGUAAACAACGUUUUAGUACAUUUUGUGCUGGCAGUGGCAGUGGUAAUGCCAAUGCGAGUAGUGCUGGUGGUGGCGGUAGUGGUAAUCAAGCUCAGAAAAUGCGUUCGAAAAAAUCCCGUUCUAAAAGUCGUGCUAAACGUGCCCGUAAUAAUAAACAUACGACUAGUAGUAACAACAUUAGCCAAAACAAAACUAACAAUAACAAUAAGGAGCAACAUUUAAAACUGCCAUUAAUACGGGACUUGAAUGCGGCCAAUGAACAGGCCAUACGUUUUCGUUGUCCUCAAGUGGGACCACAAGUGGGACGUGAUCGACAAAUGCCACCCAUGUUGCAUUUUCAUCAUCCACAACAUGUACAAAAGCAACUAACAGCAUAUCAAGUGCAAUAUACACACGUUUAUGGGCAACAACAACAACAACAGCAGCAUCAGCAACAACGUUUUGGAGGCCAACAAGCCAUAAGUCCCAUGCAAACAACUACUUUAACCAUGGAAAGUGAAUUGAAGCAGCAACAACAACAGCACUAUCAUCAUCACCUACAUCAUCAUCAUCAGCAUAAUGAACAUUUAUCAAAUAAUCAAAAAUCAAAUAAAAAUCAGCAACAGCCACAUGCAACGCCAACAAAAGAUUUAACUGCCACCAAUAUGACAACAAUAGCAGCAGCAGCAACAGGAGCAAACAAUUUACGAGACUGUUGCCACUCCUCAAGCCAUCAACAAAAUCAACAACAAACUACUCAUUAUCAAAGUCCCCAAUGUAGCAGUGAUUACAAGCAACAAGCAAUUUGUUCCAACAUUGCCCCUGCUACUUCAUCCAGUUGUUGUUGCUGUUGUACGUCUAGUGCCAUGGCAACAACAACGCAACAUCAUCAUCAUUAUCACCAUUACCCCGACCACCCUCCUCAACAUUUGCAUCAUAAUUUGCCACAACUGCCACUAACACAUCUAGAGACCACAUCUACAACUACAGCUGUUGCUUCUUUUGAAACCACCACCACAUUAGUGGUAACAGCAACAACAACAUCAGCAACUACUACCACCAACAUUUCCAUUCCCCCACAAGUCCUAGCACAACAGCUCCCACCUGCACCUCCACCGCCGCCACCUCUGCCAUUAUCAGAUGAACAUGGAAAUUUGAAUUUCAAUAAUCCUACAACAUCAACUGAAGUGGUGGACCCCUCUAAUCUGGCGGCAGCAGCCACUACACCCGAUUCUCCUUCAUUGGUUAAAGUGAGCACUUGGUAUACUGUUGCUAAGCAGGGCGUUUCUUGCUAAUAUUUUUUGCUCCCCACAAAAUUGGUUGCAAUUUUCAACAUUUAACUAAUACAACAACAACUACGAUUACUAUAGCAACAAACUCCAAACUACCUAGUUUUAUUUGCAACAUACUCACACACUCUGAAAAAAUAUGCUUAUAUCCAUGUAUGAGCAUGUAUGUUGCAGUGUUAUUACCGAUAUUUGCUUUUUAAUUGAUGUGCAACAAAGAGAUUCUAGAAAAAAAAAACACUGGAACAGAACAAAAAAAGCAAGCUAAUACAUACAUAUACACAUAAGUUUGUUUAAAUCUGUAUAUGUGUGGGUGUAUGUAUGCUUGCCCGCACUUACAAGGGGUUUCCUGUUUCCUGUAUGUGUAUGUAUGUGUAUACUUAAAUAUAUGUUAAGUGUAAACAAGAGUCAGUUAUUUCAGUUGCCUCGUUUGUAUGUGUUUGGGAGUGUUUAAAUUUUUAACUCUGGUUUUCCUUUGACUCGAAGGAUCUUUGUGUGUUUGUGGCCUCAGGUGUAUUUUAAAAAAAAAAUAAUAAAAGAAAAAAACUUCUCAUUGAACAUUUUAUUCAGUAUUUCAGUUUAAUUAUUCGUUUAAAUUUAUAUGCGGGUGAAAGACCGGAAAUUGGUAAAUGAAUUAAUUUGUAACAAGUGAGGCAGGGCAAUAAACAAAUUUAAAUGUGAUAAAACGGAUUUCUGUAUUUUUUCCGUUAAUGAAAAUGUAAAUUAAGAGAAGCAUUAUAUUUAUGCACAGAAAAGAGAAAAAAUGAAGAAUAUUAAAAAAAUAACUUGUUUAAGACUUUUAAUGGUUUUUAAUUACCUAAUAACAGACCUUUCAAUAUCAACGGCAUACAUCUUCAUUACAUUACUUAAUUAUAAUUUCAUUUAUAAUUAUUUGCUUAUCAGGUUUUCUCAUUGCAAUACUGUCUUUGCAAAAUUGCAAAUUUGUCUUUUAAACUCCUUACAUGUAAGUGUUUGUUUGUCAUUGACAACUUACUUUAUGACAAAUUGAGACAUCUAUGUAUGUUUAUCAUAGAAUAAAGACGAAAUGGAGCAAACAAUUUUGUUGUGAUUUGGAUAGGGUUGUCGACAAUGCACUCAAUCAGUAUUUGGAAGUCAUUAAAGGGACUUUAUAUCAGUUUUUUUGAAGACCUCAGAGUCGACAUCACAGUUAUUAUAGUGUCGUAUCAUAUUAACCCAUCUACAUUGACGUCUGUAAGGAAUUCAAAUUUGGAUAAUCCUAUCAAACUUCUGAAGGCAUAUACAAACAGGAGAUGGAGAACUUGUCUCUUUCAUUGAGAUAACAAUUAGGAUAAAUUGGGUUCUAACUUUUGGGUAAAAAUGGACUUAUAGUUACAAGUUUUUGGUUAAAAUUAUUAAUUGUUAAGAAAUUAGUUCUUUUUUUUAUAUAAUAUCAAAAACGACUGCUUUUGGUGUCGAUGGGAUCUCAGCAAAUGAGUUCUAGUUUAAUUCGAGGAACCGCAAGACCCCGAUCUCCUACUCUAUUCCUUAUCUUUCUAAAUGACCUUCUAUGCCAAACUUUCAACUUCUUUUAUAUAUUAUAGGCCAAGUUCUUUGGAGAUUAGGGCAAUGAGGCAAAGCAUGAACUUAUUCAAGAUCAAGUGGCAAUCUCUAAAUGGGGUCGUGCUAAUAGAGUCGCUUUCAAUGUACGUAAGACUCAAUGUUGUGUUUUAACGCACGACAGAUCAUGUUGCUUAAUUUAUAUUUAUGGGUGGUGUAAAUAUUGAAGAGUCAGAAACUGUAAAUGUUCUGAGCAUGAGAAUGCAGUGUGAUCAUAGCUGGACUAAACACAUGUUUUUAACGUGGAAAGAAGUACUCAAGUGUCUCGGUUUUUUUAAACCGUAUAGUACAUACUUCACCCCCUCUGACCACCUUGUUAUCUACACAACAUACAUAUAUCCGACCUAAAAUAGAAUACAAUUACCAUGUAUUGGCCGACGCUCCAUAGUCUAUUUUGGGGCUACUCGACCGUUACAGGAGAGGGCUGCGGACCUAUCGGAGACAGUAGGAUAUACAACUCUAUUGAUUCACUGUCGCAUAGCAGCAAUAUGAGUGUGUUUCACAAUUCUAUCAAUAUUACAAUGGAAUAUUUUCUUCUGAAAUUAGGGAACUUGCUCCCGAAACCCGCAUAUCCUCAAGUAACACACGUCAUUUAGUAAGAGCACACUUAUCUGUGGUCAAUUGGCCAGUGGAUCACAGAAUGUACUACAGAUAGAAUUCAUUCUUUAGUCCUACUGUCCCUAUGUGGAACAAAAUUUACCCUAUCUUUCCUAUCACUUGGAAGGGUUUAAAUCGAAAGUCCACAAACAUAAGUGCUUAAAAAGGUCAUUACAAAUAAGCAGUUAAAAAAGUUUCUUACGCAUAAAAUUAUUACCGUGUUCGUUAUGUUCAACACUACGCAUUAAAAGCAAAUACUUAUAAAUAAGUGCUUAAAAAGGUCAUUACAAAUAAGCAGUUAAAAACGUUUCUUACGCACAAAAUUAUUGCCUUGUUCUUUAUUUAUUUUACAGAAUAUGAAGUAUUGGUUUUCAUUAAGAAAUAUUAUUUUAUUUCCUGUGUAGAACGCAUUCAAUAAAAUAGGGAAACUUCAAGUAAUUACUUACGUAUAUGUUGAUAUGUAAGUCAUUAACACUUAAAAGUAAUGCGAACGGUAUGUAGUAGAAGUUGAAAAUUAAGUUCUUUACUAUGUUUUUGCAGAGUUAUGAACAAUUAUCUGGUUUACUAAAUUCUUAAGUUAAACAAAGGUUUGUUGUAUUUACAACUAUGAAUUAAAAGGUUAAUUGUAGUAACGAAAAAUUUUCUUUAAUUUCAAUUGAAAGAAAAACGAGAUAACUAAUAAACAUACAAAUGCAAACAAUUAGUAUGCACAUCAAUUUGAUUUCAAACCAAAGAAACAUCUGUGAAAAGAAGAUUUGAGAUGGAGAUUUAUCAAUUAAUACGUACAUUAUUUUGAUGUAAGUGUAUUAUUAGAAUAUGACGUUAACUGUUAAACAUUUUCAAUUAAAUUGGAUUAAUCACAUAAAAACUAGUUGUCCUUUCUAAAUUUUAAGCUGAUCUUUUUUUAUUCUUAGUUGUGGUUGUU